UUUUUCCCCAAUCUCGGUCGUGUGCGGUCGUGCCGGCGUCGACGUCGUCUGGCAGAACUUUCGUGAGUGCGUGCGUGCGUGAAAGAGGCUGACUUUUGUGGCUGGUGGUGGAGGAGGAGGAGUAGUUGUUUUCCCUCCCCCGGGUUUUCCUUCUUUUCUUGGGUAGAAUUUUCUUCGCAGCUAGGGAAGCCAUAGUGAGGAAAAAAAUCACGAGGAAAAGCUGGUGAUCUGAGAAGAGAGAGAGAGUGAUAAUGAAGACAUAGUUCAAGUGGUACAUGGUUGAACAGUACAAUUACAGUGAAGAUUGAAGUGAAAUUCGGUGUGGUUCUAAGUUUGAAUGGAUGAUGCUCAAGUGAGGAAGAAAUUCAGGUUUCAAAAAAUGUUAUAAUUAUCAACCUAACGACGAUUUCAAAAAUGAUUGCUCGAAAACUACUUUUGUUCUGGGAUUUGAGUUGAAAGGUGUCCAGAUGACUUGAGCUAGAGCAGUUUCCCACACUUCCGGUACUGAUUCAAGCUGAACUUUCCGAAACCCUCCCUUCCAAUCCAAUCUUGAAUGCCCCAAAAUGGCCCUGGUAAUGCUGCCAUGCGACCUGCCCUGGUGGUCAAACGUCCAGAAGAAGCUCGCCCAGAUCGAUGAGACGCCCACGCUUGAGGUUCUGCUCGAGGUGAUGCAGAAGCUGCACGAGCUGUGCAACGUGAGUCUCGACCCGGACGACGACGGCAAGGACCAGGGCGUGUUCGACGGGUUGCGCCACUUUGUGGCGGAGCAGCUCGGCGAGGAGGAGCGGGCCCACUUUCUGGGCCACACGGUGCGGCACAUUGCGCGGCACGCCCGCAACCUGAAGCUGUACCGUCCGCCGCGGGGGCUCAACUUCAGCCUGCAGCAGCAGGGCGAUUGCUACGAGCUGAGCUACCGGCUGGUGGCGGCCCUGCUCGCGAACGCAUUCUUCUCCACAUUUCCAAAACGCACUGAGAAAACGCAUCCCACGCUACAAGACUUCAACUUUACGUAUUUUUUUAAGGGACUAGUAGAGAGUAACGUACAAAAGGCCAAAUUCAGGAGCUUCCUGAACUAUUUCGACUGGUUGGAGGCUAAUCCAACGGAGCUGGACGGGACGCUCAAGGUGAGCCGGAAGGUGAUGACGGGGAAGCAGUGGUUGACGAUCGAGGACUGGUUGGAGUGUGGCUUGCCGUUGUGUGACGUGGAGAUCAAGCACGAGGGACGGCUGGACAAAGCGAGCUCCGACACGAUGCAGACGGUGUUUGCCAGUGCCCGGUUGGGCGGUGACGUUCUCGGGCCUGGUGGUUCGCAGGAAACGUUGCAGUUCUUUACCUUUCCCGAAUUGUUGGCUGUGUUAUUGUACGUGGAAGCGCUGGAAGACAACGAAUCGCUACAAAUUGAGAACGCUCACCACGUGGCCCGGAUAGUGGAACCUCGCGGUCGAGCGCUGUUCGAGAAGAUCGAGCAACCGAAGAAGACAUCCCUGUGUUGUAUUGACGCCGAGAACUAUCGAGCGAUCCCGUCGCAGCAGUUCGAGGAAGACGACAUUCUACGCGAGUUGAACAAGUGCCUUUUAGCGUUCAGACAGAACACGACCUGCCCGGUGGUGGAGCCAAGAUCAGCUGAAAAACAACGCCCGACCCGGCUGGAUCAGCUGGAGAACACGUCCAGCAAGGGUCGGCUCUCGCCCAUAGGAGAGCGCGAUCGGGAAGGAUCGACGCCGGGAUCGCCGGACGUAUGCACCACGAUCUUCAUACGACAACCCACGCCAAACUCGAAACGUUCCAGCAGUGAUUCGAACAAACUGGAAAAAGACAUAAACAAAAGACGAUCGUGGCUUUCGCCAGACAGGCCCGCUCCCAUGACCAACAGUUCGGUGGGAUCCACCGGCGGUGGGGGCCUGUUGACGGCUGGUCACCGUGGCAGGUUCAUAAUCCUAGGUUCAUCGGGAGAGUGCCUCCCAGUGAACCGACACCCGUUGAAGAUUCCAGCGAGGAGAGAUUCGUACUCGAGCUGCGAGUCGAGCAACGACGAAUUCCACAGCGCUCGCGACAGCUUCGACGAAGACGACGAGGACGGGCUGCGUGCUCGGACGUACAUGACCCAGCUGGACACUCCCGAACGGAGGUUCACGUUUGCUCAACAGCUGCGGGAAGCACUCAAGGACAAUAACAUGGCGUCGGCCGCCAGCACCGAUGACAGCAGCUAUGCGGUGGGAAUCAGUAUAACGGGAUCGCAAACGAGGGAUCAAAACAUCCGCGUGAAGCGCGGUGGAUCGUGUGGCUUCGUGCUGGACGGCUCAACGGGUAGCACUUCGGAGGAGCGAGAGUGGUUCGAUCGGUGCCGUCAACGGAGCCAGAACGGCAUGCUGGAACGGAAGGAGACGAACGAAUCCUCGCGGUACAGCUUCGAGUCGGACUUGGGUUCGGAGCUGGAGGAGGUGUACGAGAAGUUUGCAAAGUGGCUCGAGGAACCCAUCAGCAGUGACAAGCCCAAGAAGUUGGACGCCCGGGACGAAGCGGUGCUAAGAUUCGCCAACUCACUGCUCAAGCGAACGCUAAGCGAAAGUUUCGUUGGCAUCCCCUUUACGGAAGACGGACUCGCAGGGGAUAAGAGUACGGAAGGGAACGCGAUCAGGACCAACGGAGGUCAGAAUGAUAAGGUAGUACUAAAUGUGAGAUCGUUAUCCCUGGAGUUGGCCAAACACAAGCAUAAACUAGCAGCCCAAUUGCGCAAUGAGUAUCUCGCGCUGGAGCCCGCCAAACUGUUCAAGUGUCCCAACAUCCAGCUGACCGAGGUGGACCACCGGAAACUGCUGCAGCGGUUACGGUCCAGCAGCUCGGUUUGCUCGACGACGUCCGUAACGCAUCCGGCGCCGCCACCCGCGGUCCCAGCCCGGACCAAGAAGAAAACCAAGAAAAAGCCCCUCGAACGGCAAUCGUCGCUCAAGGCUCGGCUACAGAGCUACAAGCCAAACUGGUCCGUUUCCUACUACCAGGACGUCAAGUGCGAAGAUGUAACGUUGAAGAUCUCCCAAAUCGCCCAGAAGCGGACGAUCAACGUCAACCUGAGACCGGUGGCGACCGGAAACUGGGGCUGCGGUGAUACCAAGCGGGGUGACGUCCAGCUCAAGAUGGUGGUCCAGUGGAUGGCGGCGAGCGUUGCCGGGCUGCCGUAUCUGAUCUACUACACCGCCGGGAGUGAGAAACUUUCCAAGCUGGACACGAUUUGCCGCAUCCUCAAGGACCGCAAGUGGACGGUCGGCGAGCUGGCCGCGGCGACUCUGUCCCACGCCAAGGACAUCCUGGAGGAUCCGCUGUACUACAACAACGACCGCAGCUACAGCUCCUUCUUCGACAAGCUGAUCGGUCUCGAUCGGACAGGACAAUAGACAACACAUCCGAAACUCGGAAACUCGUAAAACAAAAAGCAAUAUUAAUUGUUAAAGCUCUAAUGAAGAAGAAGAAGAUGUUCAAUGUUAGACAUCAGGUAGCGCAAAUAAUCGGGCACAGUUUUGUGUAAACAGAUGAAAAUAAACAAGCCAUUAUACACGAGGAUAAAGUCUUCCGUCGAUGACUUAUAAAACUGAUAUACAACAACCAUAUAGCGAGGGGAAGUUUGUUUUUUUACAUGACAGACAUGAACGAAGGGCAGCACGCGAGGUGAUCAUUUUUGAUAGAUAGGCGUUAUAAAAGACUUAUCAUGAGUAGAGAUUCAAAUGCUAAACACUAUGGUUGACACACGAUCAAUCAAACACAACAUUUACACACCAAAGCAUAAGAAAAAUCAAGUAAUUUCGCUGCUUCUAAAAAAACAUCAUGUUCUAAUCGUUCAGUCGUCUAAAAUAUUCUCAACACUAAAUUGGCUUUAUCGGUCAGCUAUUCUACACGAUUGUCAAACGCUAAAAACGCUUAAACGUUCGAAAGAUUUCAAGUUAUUUCAGGAAAGAGGAGCAACACGCGAUGAAAGGGUAGAGGCAUUAAAUAUGGCGCUUUUUAGAGAGGAACGAAGCUGAGCAAUAAGCUGACUGGUGGUGUAGGAAAAACGAACACGUGUAAAAAUAUUAUACAAAAUAAUAAAAUUUUAUAUAGGAAUUAUUGUACGCUUACCGAUGGAGUAAAUAAAACGUAUGAUGAAAUGUGCUCAAG